CAUCGGUUCGGUUGGUUUUCGUCGCAUACCACGGCGUCCCAGCGGCGCUCUCACCCUUUCGCGGUAACACCGUGCCCACCCCUGAUCACGUCACGCGAGAUUCGUCGCGGUGCAUCGACCAGGGUCGACGUCAACGCGGUGCAGUGCCAGGGAGGGUGGUAGUUUGCUGCGACCGGGGUAGUUUGACGUGGGAAGAAACGCGGGGGUGACCGUUUCGCUUUUGGCCCGAUCCCACUACCACCUUUCACUCGGAUUUUUCGGUGCGGCUCUUUCGUUAGCUUCGGGGGUUUAGUUGUGUGCCGAGGGGGAUAGUAGUUGCUUCUAGCGAGCGGGAGACGUCCGACUGUCCGGCGCAAUUCGACGAAACUUGAAAUUACUUUGGCGCAUCCGAUAAAUCUGGUCUUAUCGGGAAACGAUUUCCCCGACUCGGCAAAGUUUAAAGAAAUACUUCGGAACGGGGUGCCGGCGCGGGUCGCCGGGAGGGUAGAGAGGGGAGGCAGUGGAUGUACGUCGUAAAGCUAUGUGCAAAAGGAAUGCCGUACGAUAGUGCUUGACUCGUCGCGAGGAAGGGACGAUGACCGCGCGCGACUGUCGUAAUCGUAGUGUUGUGCCGAUGAUCGGAGCUCAUCACUCAGUGAUCAGUCGGGAAAGUGCAAAUUUAAUGGAGUAAUCAAAGAUAAUCCUAAAUUUGUUUCUGUCUACAAGUGUCUGUCUAGAAACCUGCGGGAAAUUAGCUGUUGAUCAAUAGUGCGAUUUAAAUCUAACUAGGUUAAUUGAAAAUUGAAGCUGUUGACUCGGCAAGAAUAGCGUCACAUCCCUCGGAAGAUUUGUAUUUCAUACCAAAGAGAUACUGAAAGGUUUUAAAUAUAUAUAGUGACGUACUUCUUGAACGCGACGAGUAAAGCUUACUGUGGAUGCUUCUUUUAUUUCACAACUAUAACGGUGCGCGUGUCUUUGUGCAUAUCUCUUUAAACGUCAAACAAGGCUGAGGCAAAAUAAUGGAUUUUCAAUUCCGCAUUUAUCGAUUACGAAGGAAAUCUAAAAUUUUUUAAUCUAAAUACUAAUUUCGCGUGUUACAUUUUGCUUUCCUCGAUAAUUGAAAAUCAACGUCAGUUCCUUCACCCGCAGAAAUGUUUUUCAUCGAAUCAGCUUUGAAGAAAAAAUCAUUUGCUGAAAAAUUACGUCAAUAAAUGUUCAAUUUGAUUCGAUCGAGAGAUUAGUUCGAUGAAUCACGAGAUGAGAACCAGAUGCGAUUCUCGUUAUCUUUGAUCCGUCCAAAGAAAUCUUGAACGAGAGAUUGAGAAGUUAUUUCUCUCCUGUACUCUCCUGCUUUUUCUUGUCAAGAUGAAACGAGUGAGUAAAUAUUCGAAAAGCGGCCUGCUCCUGAACGUGAUUAAAGCCGGUGCAUUCUAUCUCUUUCGAUACAUUAAGCACGCCAUCAGAAACGAGAUCGUCUUUGUGUGAACGUUAAGAUACGUGUGAAUCCCUUUUAUAUCCAGCGGACGUGAGUGAGGAGCGGAGAAUCAUCAAAAGACGACAGGUUAUGCUAUCGUGGAUUGUCGUGAGAAGAUCCUGUCAACCGGAAGUUACAAUCUAAAUAUUAUAGUCUAUCGUGGAAAAGUGUAAAGUUACCCCUUCCGUCAGUGUAUAAUUAAGUGUAUUUAGUUGACUCACUGUUCUCACUGGACGUCCAUCGGUAAAUUUAUGACGAUCUCUCUCACAUAUAGAAAAUCUCUACUGUUCAGCGAGAUAACGAGACAGUGAAUCCGGAGAUUGUUAGAACUUGCAACUUGAUAGGGUGGAGCUGAUAAUAAUUAAGUCUAAACUAUAACGAUGGUGUUUAUAAGGAGAAUAUGCUGGUCCUCGUCAAUGCAUCGACCAAAUAUAUCUGAAUUUCUUCAACACUUAAAUAUCUAAUUAAAUAUAUGACUGAAAAAAAUCUAAUACAGAACAAACACAAUCUCUGCGACUCCUAGGAAGAAGGAUGUUUCCCAAUCUAUUAAUCUGCAGUCUUCCCUAGGUCAAUUGCAUCAAAGUAGAUAGUCAAAGACAAUUCUCAAUUAUUUCUUUUGCUGAAUCAUUUCGGAUGAAAAAAUGUAGUACAAAAGAUCACCGCAAUCUUUCAAGAUUAACAAAUCGGAAGAAUUAUGGAAAAUCCACUUGAUUCUCAUCAGUUUUCUGCAUGCAUCGUUUAAGCUCAGGAAUAUCUAAUUAAAGACAAUAGUUCUGUUCUAGAAUUCUCUAAACAAGAAACCAAAAUAGAAUUGAGACCAUGCUCUUUAGACUGAGCUAAAGGGUUAUCAAAAGAUAGCAACAAACUUUACCACUAACUCUUAUUUCCGGCCGAGAGCGUCUCAAAUACAUUGAUCGAGUCAAGUAAAGUGAAACAGUCAUCGAACUGCCCUUCGCGAAGGAGACUGAUGUAUUCAGGAGGCGGACGAGCUUCUGAGAAUCGCGAGAUGGAUCAAUUCGCGUACAUCCGCACCUCCAGCGGCGGUUAAGGAGGGAACGGUCGCGGCGCGAGACGAGGAAAGCGGUAUGAGAGGCGUCGGAACGGCGAAAAAGUGAUCGGCGGUGGUGACGCUGAAGCAGGAGGUGUCGCCGAAGACGUCGGUGAUCGCGUCAAGAUGACGUCGUCGAUCCUGGCGCUGCUCGGCUUGAUCCUGACCGCCGGUGCCGAGCUGAGCUCGAGGAUUGUCAGGACUAAGUACGGCGAGCUGUCGGGCGUGAUCGUUACUCUCGAUCGAUACCUCGAAGGAGUCGAGGUAUUCCGCGGCGUACCCUAUGCCUCGCCGCCGAUCGGUUCAUUGCGUUUCAUGCCGCCCGUCAGCGGUGCCCUUUGGCACGGCGUUAAGAUCGCCGACAAGUUCGGACCCGUCUGUCCCCAGAAGCUACCUGAGCUCAGCGAUAAGAUGCCUAAGGGCAGGGUAGAAUACCUCAAGCGGCUACUGCCCUACCUCAAGAACCAAAGCGAGGAUUGCCUGUACCUCAACAUUUACGCACCGGUUCAAGCCGGCGCGAGGGACGGCGGUGGCAGAAGGUAUCCUGUGAUUGUGUUCGUGCACGGCGAGAGCUACGAAUGGAGCAGUGGAAAUCCCUACGACGGCAGCGUCCUGGCGAGUUACGGAGGCGUCGUCGUCGUCACCAUCAACUAUAGACUCGGCAUUCUGGGCUUUCUAAACGCCAACACAGACUCGCACUUACGCUCACCGGCGAAUUACGGUCUGAUGGACCAGAUCGCAGCGUUACACUGGGUACAGGAGAACAUCGGUUAUUUCGGGGGCGAUCCCAAAAACGUCACGUUGGUGGGACACGGCACCGGCGCCGCCUGCGUGAACUUCCUGAUGACCAGCCACGCGGUUCCUGACGGUCUGCUGUUUCAUCGGGGCGUUCUGAUGUCGGGUAGCGCGCUUUCACCCUGGGCGUUGGUGAGAGGCGCCGCCAAUUACGCCAUGCAGGUCGCCAAACACCUAAAUUGUUCGUCGGUAGCGGAAGAUCCUCAGGCCCUGUUGAAGUGCCUGAGAGACGUGUCCUUGAGUGAAUUGGUAUCGGUGCCUGUUAAAGGGCUGGAGUUCGCGCCGGCCUUUGGCCCCAGUAUAGACGGCGUCGUAAUCGAUCCCGGCGAUCCCGAGGAUCAGGACUACACCCUGCAAGUCGACACGAUCAAUACGCUCAACAACAUCCUUCUGAGGAAGGACGUCGUGGCGAAACUGUCGAGGUACGAUUUGAUGGUGGGUGUUGUUCGUUCCGAGGCAUAUUUUUCGUUAACCGCCGACGAUGCUCAGUAUGGAAUCGAGGCUGAUAGAAGGACAAAGAUCCUGCGUGAAUUCGUGCGGAACACGUACACGUAUCACCAGCCGGAAAUCCUAGCGACCAUAAUAAACGAGUAUACGGACUGGGAACGACCUGUGCAACAUCCCGUCAAUAUUAGAGACGAGACUCUAGAGGCCCUGGGGGACGCGAAUACGGUCGCUCCGGCGACGAGAACCGCGGAUCUUCACAGCCAAUCCCAUAGGAAUUCCUAUCUAUAUGUCUUCGACUAUCAAACGAAAUUCGGAGACUAUCCUCAGAGGCCGGGAUGUAUCCACGGGGAGGAGUUGCCAUAUUUUUUCGGAGCGCCCCUGGUCGGAGGAAUGUCCCAUUGGCCAAAGAACUAUACUAGAGCCGAGACAGCGCUCUCCGAGAGCGUGAUACUCUAUCUGACAAACUUUGCACGCACCGGGAAUCCGAACGAGGGCACUCCUGAUCCUGGACCCCUCGGUUCCAGACCGGAGAGGACCAAGUUUAAAAAUAUCGACUGGACCGCUUAUGAGGCCGUCCAUAAAAAAUAUCUUAGCAUAGAACUCAAAUCGAAACUGAAGAACCACUACAGGGCCCAUCGCCUUUCGUUUUGGCUGAACUUGGUGCCUGACCUUCACAAACCCGGCUCGGACGAUGUUCCUAGGUCGCAUCAUCUUCUCGACGCCGAGCAGGUGCCACCCAGAUUCAUUCAGAGGCUGCCAACAACCACGAGAACGACCACCUUGGAGGUAACUUCUAUCGAGAAAUCCUCGUCCAACGUAUCAACGGCUAUGCCGAGCGAGAUCACUUUCGAGGACUCCACGGCGUUACCGGAGGACGGCUUCGCGGCGUAUUCCACCGCCCUGAGCGUGACAAUCGCGAUCGGUUGCAGCCUGCUGAUCCUGAACGUGCUCAUUUUCGCCGGGGUGUAUUAUCAGCGCGACAAGAGCAACCACCAGCACCACGGCUGCUCGAAGAAGCGCCAGGAGAACGGCCAGAUGCCGAACAACAUUUGCGGCGAGCUGGAGACCAAGACCGCCGAGCGACACCACAUCCAGCACAUACCGCCACCGGAGUUCGCCGACCUCCAGAACAAUACCUGUCACGUGCCUAUGCCGCCCCCGCCACCGAAGAACACGAAGCCCGGCAAGCCUGGUCAAAACCUCAUCAUUAGUCCCAACCAGCUCCAGCAGGAGAGCCUGGCCAUGACCGGCACCGGGACCUUGAAGAAGGGACACAAUCACCCUCAGGUCAUGGAGGAGCUAAGAGUCUGACUCUAGGAGACCGCGCGGCUACCGAACUAACAUGGCCGCGAGGAAAUUAAGAUCUUGAAACAAGAGUCAAGGAAUCACUUUGCAAUGGAAUCUCCAUUAUCAAUCUGACCAUGGACAUAAUCAGGAUACUCAAGAAGUAAUACAAUCAUUGCCAGGUCACAAGGAAGCUGCGAGUCAGACUCUAGCGAAUGCCGAAACUUUUAGAUUAGAAUCUUGAGACCCGUCGAGUGUCGGGAAACCGUAUAGAUGGCUCUUCGGAAUGUUCUUCGUCGUCGGUUUGGCCAUCAGAAGUGGCCACCAGAAUCCUACAGACGAAACCGCAAGACGAUUAAAAGAGACAAAGUCUGAAAUCAGAAACGGCGAACUGUUUCAGGGAUAAUGCUUUCCGCUGAUGCUCGACGGAAAAUGGGACAAUUCUUCAAAGUUUUUCGAAGCGACCGUGAUAUUGUCGAUAGAUAGGAAGUGAUAAAGGAUGAAAAGUAAAUGAAGGACUUUCAUUGUUACGUGAGAAGUACAUAUUAGUGCAGGGGUGUAACCGAAAUUCGAAGCCAGGAAGCCAACUGGCUGGCCUCUAUACAGAGCCAGCAAAAGUCGAAGUCUGGCCGUUCGGGCCGAAGCAACGUUGUUUCCAUUCGCUAUGCCCCUGUGUUAGUGGCAACGCCAUACUGUUAUCGUUUUCUACCUUUCGAAUUUGCGACCAACUGCCGAAAAUCACAUAGUCUUCGACGGAUAGACAAAUCUGCGUUAAGUAGUACUCUUCAUCCUCAGAAAAGACCUCGUAUUUCAUAUUUCUUUUUGUCAUUUUUCAUCUUGUUAUAUUCUCCUUUUCAUUUUAUAAUACUUUUUUUUAUUUUAUUUAGGUAUAAUACAUAUUUAUUUAAGGAUUCUAAUUUUUAAUUACUAAAGACUGACAUCUUCUUUAUUUCGAAUUUCAUUGUAAAAAUUUAUUAUAACUAAUUAAUAAGUAAUUUCCUUACGCGCACAAACUUAAUAAUCAGAAUUAAUAGUGCUUUCUUAAUCUGCUUUUAUUUUAUCCGGUGUCUUUUUCUCCUUUUCCCUCUCUUUUUUAUUACCCUCCCAUAAUAUAGACUGAAGGUUCGAGCCGAUUUGAAUCGUGCCGACACUGUCCUCGUUCUUCCGAGUGAUGAUGAUUAUGACAAUGGUUCGAAUCGCUGCCACGACGAUUCAUUUCUAUGACGUCGAUCGUUCAAAUGCUCAAUUAAAUACUUAAUUAAAAAUUUCUUUUUCUCAAUAAUGAUGUGACUAAAUUUUUAUAAAAAUCAAAUUUAUUCUUAGCAGCAAAAUUUUGUCACGAAGUAAAGAUUGACAGAACAAAAUUUCAGUAAAUUAUAAUUUCGUGAAAUUAUUAUAAUGUUCUUGUGAUUUUUUGCAAAUUAAAAUAUAAGAUAAAAUUAAGACAAAUUCCUGCACAAUAAAAAUUUGAUAAAUUUCUGAAACAGUUUCAGUUGAGAAUGGAAUCAAUUUUUCUUUUUACUAUAAGAAUAAGAAAAAGUCGAAUGAUCGACGACACUCAACAGUAUACUGCCAAACGAUCGCAAAUUAAGGAAAAAUUGCGAAUCGUUGAACGGAAAAUCGUGAUAAAAGUCAAAAUUCAGAAAACAGAAGGCUGCUGCGAUAGAAAAGAAACGCGUUGUUUUUAAUACAUCAAUGUUUUACAAAAAUAAGACAACUGCAAAUUUAAUCAAUCCUUGUUGUUUUAAAUAGUUAUAAACAUUUGCAAAAAAAAAUUAUAUGCGAGGCAGGCAUUCGCAUGUAACAAUUAAUUGACUGUAAACUACUUUGUUGAAAACUAUUUCGAAAAAUUAUAAAGACUUUAUUAAACGUUAUUCUUUAUUUCAAUUUUUAUACUGAUUUCACUAAUCUCAUAUCAUUCGUCUGUCAGUUUCGUAUCAUUUUUAAGACUAGCAAGUAACGAAAAGACAAAGAGAUUAAAUUUCUAGAGUUGUCCUAUUUUUAAAGGAUUAAAUUUUUUGAAUAUCUGAACAGCGACAGGCUGUUGAAGGAUCUUUCGAAUGUAAUUUCAACUGUAAAUAAAGAUUAAUUAAGUUUAGGUCUGUCGCUGAUGCGCUGUUAACGAGUGAAGGAUACCGAAGAGCUCGGGAAUAGCUCCGAUUGUAAUAAUAUUGCACAUCGAUGAGAAAAACGGUAUGUCAGCGUAGUCAGAAGCACACUGGACGUAAUUUUAAAUUUGUAUAUAAUUGACAUUACAAUAAACUAUAUAAUAAAUCA